UUGGCCACGCAGUCAAUUCCGUUUACAAACUACAACUUCUGAAAAUGGGAGGGUUUUUUUCUAGCCUUUUUUCUUCCCUCUUUGGUCAGAAAGAGCUGAGGAUUUUGAUUCUUGGWUUAGAUGGCGCUGGGAAAACUACAAUACUAUACCGACUUCAAGUUGGUGAAGUUGUCACCACAAUUCCAACCAUAGGAUUCAACGUUGAAACAGUAACAUACAAAAAUCUUAAAUUUCAAGUAUGGGAUCUAGGAGGUCAAACUAGUAUACGACCAUACUGGAGAUGUUAUUACUCAAACACAGAUGCUAUAAUAUACGUAGUAGACAGUGUCGACAGAGAAAGAAUAGGGAUAUCAAAACAAGAACUAGUCAGUAUGUUAGAAGAGGAUGAACUCAAAAAAGCCAUUCUAGUAGUAUUUGCAAACAAACAAGAUAUGGAAGGAGCCUUGUCGUCAACAGAAGUCUCGAAUGCUUUAGGAUUAUCAGCAUUAAARAACCGGGCGUGGUCUAUCUUUAAGACAUCCGCUGUUAAGGGGGACGGCCUUGAUGAAGCAAUGGAGUGGUUGGUUGAUGCUCUCAAACAACGGCAGUGAAUUGAAAAAUAAUAACUUUCUUACAUCAAUAUUGAAAAAAAUAUAAUAUCAUAAUUUUACAUGAAUAUGUUGGAGGUGUUUGGUGUAACAGUGGAGCUGAUUGCAUUGCAUUGCAUUCUACUCUUGCACCUUUUUUCACAAGAUUUUGAAUACUCCAUUGUGAUGGCUUUACAAAUGCCAUAAAAUAUCCAUAUUAUAGUCUAUAAAUUGCUUUUUUAAGUGURAUAAUAUGUUUACACCAACAUAUUCAUGUUUUUUAUUGUUUUUCCACAUAUGAAAAGUCAAUCAUUACACUGCAUUUAAUGCUGGUUAGUCAUAGCCCUUUAAGAAAUGAUUACAGCAUAACAGUACUCUAAUUUUUGGAUGUUGAAUCAAAUCUCAUCCAUUAAGAUAGAAUAAACCCAAAUUUAAGUUGUAAAAUAGUGAGUAAGGGUUACAUAUAGAGAGAUGGAUAUUAAAAUACAAUAUUUCCAUU